ACAGUGAGUGUCAUUGUCAAAACAAGACAACAAAAUACAAAUUUAAAUUAUGAUUUUGUUUUGUGAUUUCGGUAUGGAAAUUGGUAUAAACGUUUAGUUUCUAAAAUUUUCUACUUCUACAGUUUAAAAUCGUAGCAACAAUAAAUGGUCUACGAUGAGUUAUAUGGGUAUAAAAGAAUUAGUGUCUGUAUCAGCUGUUGUAACUACGAUCCUACAAUUUCUAUCAGGAAUCUUGGUUUGCAGACAAUAUGUGAUGAAACAGACCACUGCGGAAUCAUCGCCUUUACCGUUUAUCUGCGGAUUUUUGUCGUGUGGCAUUUGGUUAUUGUAUGGAUUGACCAAGGAUGAUAAUGUUGUAAUAUUUGUCAACUCAGUUGGAGUUGUACUGAUGAUCUCAUAUAUAUACUUAUUUUACAUUUAUACUCACAAAAAGUCUAGCCUGACCAAACAAUUUCUUGUAACAUUGUUGCUGUAUUUGGCUCUCAUGGGAUAUUUUUCAGUAGAGACUGACAAUGAAAUACUUUUAAGGAGAGUGGGUUUACUUGCGUGUGUUUUCACUUUAAUAACAAUUGCCGCACCAUUGAGCAAAUUGUUGUAUGUAAUCAAGACUAAGUGCACAGACUGUCUUCCAUUUCCAAUGAUAUUAAUGUCAUUCAUUGUGUCAAGCCUUUGGUACUUCUAUGGUCUAUUGGAGCAGGACUACAUUAUGAUGGUACCAAAUUCCUUGGGCUGCGGAAUAUCUGCAGUACAGCUCUGUUUGUUCAUGAUAUUUCCGGCUACUUCGUCGUGUUCAUCACGUGCUUCAAAAACAAUAUUAGCAUAAAAUUAGUUCCUUAUUAGUAUUUAUUAAAUAGAUCAUAGUAGUAGAUACUUAGAUAAUUAAUAAUGGAGUAGCCCAUAGCUGCCAUUUACUUGAAUUUUGGUAUAUAUACCUAUAUAAUAUCUUUUUAGCAGAAUUUUUACCCGGCUGCAAGAAGGGUUAUAUCUAAUAUAUUUAUCCCAAUAGACUCGAAGAAAAAAAUAGAUUUAUCUUCAAUUUUUCCUUAAAAUACAAAUAUAUAUUUAUGUAUAUGUACCUUUCAAAAUUUAGAUUAACUUGAAUUGUGGGCUCUUCAGAAGAUAUUCCUCUAAGUUUAAAACUUGUAAAUACUUGUGAAAUGUUGGUCUUUUGCCGUAUUAUUUAUUAUAUUAUACGUUAUUUUUUGUUGUAUAUAAGUGUGAAUGUUUGUCAAAGUUAGAAUUUGUAAUUUUGGGAUAUACCUACUCGUAUCUACACGAGACACUUAUCUAUUUUGACAUGGUACAUUUAAAUGCUAUAAGAAUAAUUACGGGAAAUUAUCUUUAACAAGCGACAAGUGCCAUUUUGUAUCGAGCAUUUUUAGUUAUCCAAAUAUCAAAUGACUAAAUAAAUUAAUUGCAUAAUAUAUUUGUAAGUAUUACCACAGAAAACAUAUGUACAAGGUAUUAUUAAAAUAGUUAUAAUAUUUAUUUUAUUUUUAAAGGUUGUGGUAUUUUAUUUAUUUUAGAGUAGGUAGGUAAGUACCUAGCAUUUUCGUAAAUAGCCAUAAUGUUAGAUUGUAUUAUGUAACUUUUCUGAUAAGUUGCCAAUUUGUCGACAUUUUCAAAUUUUUGAUGACGAUUGAGAAAGUGUAAAACAUUCAUUAGCCAGCUAAUUUAAUCAGAUGGAUGCGACAUAAAUAUAAGAAUCGUGUGUGAAAUGAUUUUCAUUCUGAAUACUUACAAUAAAUGCAUGUAUAUUUUAAACGCUCUAAGGGUUAAUCACCAUAUCAAAAUUCAUCAUAAUCGGUUCAGCGGUUUAGCCUUGGAAAGUUAACAGACAGACGUAUAAACAUUGUUCCGCAUUAUAAUACAUACACAGUCAUAUUUAUAAACUAAAUUUUCAAAGUAAAGUGGAUCUAAUCACUACUACUUAAAGUUCACUUUACUUUGGAGAAAAUUGAGGUUUAAAUCUUAAUUAAUGUUUAUAAAUAAGGCCAUGUGUGGAUGGUAUGAAAUAAAGGAUAGUUGGCCUUUGUUUGUUUUGGUACUGUCAGAAAUAAGUCCAUGAACACCGAAACGCAGGCAACGGCCAGAAAAGUUACACAAUACAGGAACAGAUAAGAUAUUGUUGUUUCCAUAAAGUAAGAUAGACAAUAAGGCCACUAUUUCCAUGUGAAUAUAGCAGCAAAUUAACCAUAUUUACAUAUGGUAAUUUAGUCAGCUAAUAAACCUAGGACGUUCAAUAGACGCUGGCAUUCAAUAAAAUGGCUAAAAAGACCAAGCAUUCGCAUUCUUUCUAUUUAUCUAUACUAAUAUUAUAAAGCCGAAGAGUUUGUUUGUUUGAUUGAACGCGGUAAUUUCAGGAACUACUGGUCCGAUUUGAAAAAUUCAUUCAGUGUUAGAUAGCCCAUUUAUUGAGGAAGGCUAUAGGCUAUAUAUUAUCCCCAUAUUCCUACGGGAACGGGAACCACGCGGUUGAAACCGCGCGGCGUCAGCUAGUAAUGUAAUAUAGCAGGGAAGUCCCAGUUUUCCGUGAUACAGUUUUUAACUAAUUAGCUGGGGCACUCACAAAAUUGACCGUAAUAUUAUUAAUAUUUUAUAUUGUAUUUAUGCCUUUUUGAUUUGUUUGUUGUUUGCCAAAUAAAAAUCUUUUUCAAGCCAAAAUUCGUCAGGCUCGUAAAUAUUUAUGUUCCACCUCUAUUUAUGAUCGGAACUCUUAGCAUCUCGGAUAUAUGAUCAUUGGUUUCACUUGAUUGUCUUGGUCAGUCAUCUUCAAAGCUGAUUUUUUAUACGCAACGUAAAGUUAUUCUAGUUCAAUUAACUUUCAGCCUAGUCAUUUAAUUGGAUGGCAGCGUUUAGUGAACAGGCUCUAAGGUUAUCAGAUGGAUGCGACAUAAAUAUGGAUCGUGUCAAAUUAUUUUCAUUCUGAAUACUUAUAAUAAAUGCAGGUAUUAUUUGAUCACGCUAAUUACCUUAGCUAAGUAGUGGUGAGAUUCCAAUUUCAGCGAAAUGUAAAAACAUCAUUAGGUAAUUCUUAAAUGGAGUGAUAGCGGGCUUGUUUUGUCAAGGUCAACGAGGUAUUAUAAAAUAAUUAUUUAAUGAAAGUCUAGUACCUAUUAUCACUUUCAGUUUUCUAUACAUACUCGUAGUUAAACAUAUUUUAAUAUUUAUUUUAUUGUAUAGGUAGGUAGGCUAGGUAGUAUGUACAGACGUAUCUAGCGAUGUUUUUAUUUUAUUGAAAUAAAAGUUUUUUUUUUUAAGUCAA